GUUUAUCUGGUUACUUUUUCUGGUAAUGAACAAACAAAACAAAGCUUUAAUUUGAUGUGUGUCUUUGUUUCUUAUCUGGCACAUAUUUGUAAUGCCUAUAUUGGUCAAAAGAUCAAGAUCGGUAUGAUGUCCACUAGUGCUUACAUGCAUGUAUAUUGCAUACUCAUGGUUGACUUUUAAAAUAUACUCGAAAGGCACGUUGGUGGGUUUUGUCCUAAAACUAGUCACAAUAAGACAAACUUUAUGCUUCAGCUUUACGUAUCUCCAGCUCUUCAAUUCUUCAAGCAGACACCAAACACAAACACUUUCCUCCUCCGUAGCUCUCGGAUCUCAAAUAUCGUUUUAACUUUUGAGGUUGUGUAAGCAAACUCAUGACUUUUACUGGAGACACACCAGAGAGGAAAGGUUUUCAUCAAAACAUCAGAGGAACAUCUCUUCUUAUCUGAAUUUCCUCUGUUUUUAACUCAGUGUCAGGAUUAGAGCUAAUCACUACUGAGUUGAGAAAUGGGGAGAUCAUGUUUGCCGAGAUGGAGAUUAGGAAGACUAAUGUCAGGACUACAAGUGAUAUUAGGGUUACUAGUGAUCACUGUGAGCCUCUCAUGUCUCUAUAGGUUCCAUCCAACAGCCUACUUCUUGCACAACGAAGAGCUUUGCCGCAAUAUCUACACAAUCAAAGAAGUCAAGAACAACGAAGGAUUCGACAUAAAGUCCCUGCGUGACCGUGUGGAUGAAGUCCUUCAGAAGAUGGAUGACUUGUACGACAAGUUUGAGAAGACGGUAAAAGAGAUGGGCAAGAGCAAAGACGGAAGCAAAAAGGAGAUGAAGAAGUUUCUUGAAGACGAAGUAAUGAAGCCGUUUUAUCACGCUCACAUCGGUUUAAGGCAAAUCCGUUUACCAAGCCCUAACUUAACGGACAAGGAAGAGCCUCUGAUCAACAAGUUUCUCACCGAGGAGAUAAGGAAGUACAUUACCCCCAAGGAGAAUCGUGUUGUUGGGAAGAUAAACAUGUUUGGAACAGAGAGAGUUUACAACACGAUAGGUCAUGCUUGCGUGUUGAUGAAGACAGAGCUUGAGAAGUACAUGGACUAUGAUGUUGGAGCGUAUUGUGAUGAUGAUUGGAGUUUAGCACAGAAGCUUAUGGUUAACGGGUGUGACCCGUUGCCUAGGAGACGGUGCUUAACAAGAGCUUCAAUGACUUACCAGAAGCCUUAUCCGAUCAACGAGUCGUUAUGGAAGCUUCCCGAUGAUAGAAACGUAAGGUGGGGAAAUUACAAGUGCAGGAACUUCGCGUGCUUGUCAAGUAAAAACCCUAAAAGGGGUUACACGCAAUGCACCGGAUGUUUUGAGAUGGAGAAAGAGAUUGGUAAGUGGGUCACAAACAGUACUUUAUUAGCUGACUUCAAGAUUGAUGAUGUUUUAAGAGUGAAGCCAGGAGAGAUUAGGAUUGGUUUGGACUUUGGUGUUGGGACAGGAACAUUUGCUGCAAGAAUGAGAGAGAAGAAUGUGACUAUUGUCACUACUGCUCUGAACUUGGGAGCUCCUUUCAAUGAGAUGAUAGCUUUGAGAGGUUUGAUCCCUUUGUACAUAUCUUUGAACCAGAGGCUACCGUUCUUCGACAAUACUAUGGAUAUGAUCCAUACCGCUGGUUUAAUGGACGGUUGGAUCGAUCUUCUUCUGAUGGAUUUCAUGUUGUAUGAUUGGGAUAGAGUCCUGAGACCAGGUGGGUUACUGUGGAUUGAUAGAUUCUUCUGUAACAAGAAGGAUCUUGAUGACUAUACGUACAUGUUCCUUCAGUUCAGAUACAAGAAACACAAGUGGGCUGUUUCACCAAAGUCAAAGGAUGAGGUUUAUCUCUCUGCAUUGCUUGAGAAACCUCCUCGUGCAAUCUAAACAAGAGUUUAAUGUUUGUAAUCCAUUUGCUUGUCUAAACUUUGGUUUAUUUUGAAAAAAAAAAUUGUAUCCUCUCAGAGAAUCUUCGUGCUCUACCAAAGAGAGCUGCAAAAAUAACAACCUUUC